AUGUCAUCAUUAUUUUCACGAUUCGAGGCAACGACAGUAACGGCUGCAGCAACAGCUGCAUUAUUAACAACUCAAUCAUCAUCGGGGCUGAAUAGCUGGCAGGAUGGACAAUUUAAAUUUAAUUUUCCCAUAUAUUACGCACUUGUACAGGCAAACCAUGUUAAUGUUGAUAAUAAUAAUAGUAAAAAAAAUCAUAAUAAUCGCGGUGAUGUAGUAGUUAAGCAUAAACACCAUACUAACAACAAAAAGGUACGUAAGAAUAACGAUGAUGAUGAUGUUGAUGAUGAUGAUGAUGAUGGCACUGAAAAUAAUGAUUACAAUGAUAAUAUUCAUAAAUAUCAUAAUAAUUUAAAUGAUUUUUCUACCAUUGACUCAGGUCUUUUAUUUAAAUAUUGA